UUUUUCAACCGACUCACCCCCUCCCCUCCGUGAGACGAUGGUUCGUGCGUAUUCCGGCUAGCACAUGACUGUCUUUACAAACAUCCCCGUUGAUUAAGACUACACGAAUUGAUAGCAGGUUGCGGAGCCGUUCUCGGUUACGAUUCAUAUGGAACAGGAGCCACGACGGGGCGGAGACCUGGGUUGGGUGGGAAGAGUCCUUGCUGCUGACCCUUCUGCUGACGCCUUUGAUUGACAGGUGAAGACGAACAGACUGGCCAAGAAGGAUGGCUAGCAACUUUGGCUUCAGUCAGGACCCACACCACAUGGAGGCGGGGCUGGAGAGCCCUGUGGACGAGCGCGUGGUCCACCGCUCCUUUAGCCCGCUGAUCGAGGAGGCCAGCCCGAGCUCGGAGGAGCGCAGAGAGGCCGUGGAGAUGCAGGACCUGACGGAGGAGCAGGAUGGCGAUGACCAGGCCUUCCUGUCGAGCUCGGCCUUGGUGGGGCGAGGGCGUGGUCGUCUAGGAGCCAAGCAGGGGAACCCCUUGGUCAGGGCACGAUGGUCCGCAGCCACACAGCGGGUUCUGUGCUCCAUGCCCAGCCGAACUAUUGGACGGUCUCAGAACGCCGUCAUCUCCCAGUGCUACAAUCGCUCCGUGCGCCGUCUCCGCCGCCAGAGCCAGCCCUCCAUCCGGGACUUCUCCCGCUCCGCCCGGCCCAGUAUCCGUGGAUACCGCAUGGAGGUGACCUCAGAGGAUGAAGAGAACACGAGAGAGCAGCUGGUGAAGAACCUGCAGGCCCUCUCCGCGGGCGACCGCAUACGCAUGCUCAGGGCCAUGCCCAUCAACAUGACAGAGAAGAGUGAACUCAGAAAGCUGGCAUGCGGUUUCAAGGAAAAACGUCCACGCUCCAGCACAGGCAUCUCCUUCUUCAGCCGUGUGAAAUAUUACGUGAUUAUUACAUUGCAGCAUGGCUGGUGCAGCUGGCUGUCCUUCCUGCAGUCCCUGCAGCUGUGGCAGGUGGCGGUAAAGACGAUUGGGGGGCGCUUCGGUACAGGCGUGCUGUCCUACUUCCUCUUCCUCAAGACCCUCCUGCUCUUCAACGUCUUCCACUUCUUUGUCAACGGGUUAUUCCUGGUCAUCCCCCAGGCUGUGAACCCUCCACGCCCCAGUGCCGCUGACAUCAACUUUACGGGCCUGGAGCUGCUCACGGGCGGAGGCUACUUCACGGACACCGUGAUGUUUUAUGGCUACUACACAAACUCCUCGCUGAACGAAACCUGCCAGCCGUUGCAGAACCGCCCCAGCGCCGGGGCUACAACAUACAACAUGUCCUACAACAUACCAGCGGCCUACUUUUUCACCACCGGGGCGGCCUUCUUUGUCACCUGCAUCAUCCUCGUCUACAGUAUGUCCAAGUCUUUUGGGCAGAGUUUCCACAUAAAGAAGUCCCGAAGCAACCUGACUACGAAGGUCUUCUUCUCCUGGGACUUCAAGGUCAUCAAGAAGUCCUCUGUGAAGCUGCAGGCAGAGAAUCUCUGUACGCAGCUGAAGGAGCUGCUCUCAGAGGUGAACUGCAGGCAGGUGGAGAAGAGCCAGGUACAGAGACUUUCUUGGCUGGCAGUGCACGCAUUGGCCUGGACCAUGUGCUUGACCAGCACACUGGCGUGUGCCUGCUUGGUCUUCUUCUUCCUGGAUGAGUACCAUCGGCCAGUGAACUCAAGAAGUCCACUGUCCCCUAAUGACGAGGCCAGUCUGCUGGCCUUGCCUGCAUUGGUGUCCAGUAUCAACCUUCUGCAGCCUGGCUUCUUCAACGCUGUGGCCUGGAUGGAGGAGUACGACUCCCCCAGCGUGCGCACCUACGUCGCCAUCUUCAGGAACCUACUGCUAAAAGUGAGUGUUCUGGGAGUGCUCUGUUACCAUUGGCUGGGAAAGAUCGCGGCUAACUCGAAGAGUCUCGGUCUGACAUGCUGGGAGAGCUACGUGGGGCAGGAGCUGUAUCGUUUCCUGCUGAUGGACUUCAUAUUCACCAUACUGGACACUCUGUUUGGGGAAUUCCUCUGGAAGUUAUUUUCGCAGAGAGUGCUAAGGAGGCAGAGGAAGCCGGUUUUUGACAUUGCACGCAAUGUGCUGGAGCUUGUCUACGGACAGACACUGGCCUGGCUGGGUGUGCUCUUCAGUCCGCUGCUCCCUGCUGUGCAGAUCAUCAAGUUGCUGCUGUUGUUCUACAUGAAAAAGACCAGCUUGAUGAUGAACUGCCAAGCCCCUCGGAGGCCAUGGAGGGCGAGUCAGAUGACCACGUUCUUCAUCUCCCUGCUGUGCUUUCCUUCUUUCCUGGGGGCCGCCGUGUGCGUCACCUACACCAUAUGGAUGUUAGAGCCAUCGGCAGAGUGCGGGCCCUUCAGGAAGCUUUCCACCAUGGCCAUGUCUGGGAAGAGCUGGGUUGCGGAGCUGGUGAACGCCCACCCCAAACUGGCCUGGCUCUGUUGGGUGCACAGUCACCUGGUGGAGAACCCCAUUUUCCUGUUUGUCGUCGCCGGGAUAUUCCUAAUCGUCACUUACUUCCACACCCAGGUCGUGGACGGACAGAGGAAAAUCAUCGUUCUUCUGCAGGAGCAGAUUGAGAAUGAGGGGCAGGACAAGAAGUUUCUCAUCAGUAAAUUGCAGAUGGCCCAUGAGGAGAAACGCUCUACCUCCUCUCCAAGACAGGAGCUGAGGAGCAGAGAGGACUCUUGUAUGGAUUAAUUCCAGUACAGAUCCAUCUCAGUGCUACAACAAACAAAACAAAACACCAGCAUUGAGUCUUAUGAACCUGCUACAUAUAGCCCCAAAUUACAGGCCUGUGUUGAGAAUCUCCAUCUGAGUAAAGAACUGGCAAUCAUUCACAGGAGAAUGAUGAUUCUGACUCCUGCCUCUGUCAUUUAUGCACCUGCACUGCCCUCUAGUGGUCAGACAGUAUGGUGGAUAUAAGAUUUUGAAUGGGCACAAUGGCGCAUUAAUAGACAGACAUUAAAGAAGCAUUUGGUCUAGCCAACUAGAGGCCUUGGUGGUUGCCCUGGAAACCAUCUGAACAAGGAGCUGUACAUGAGGAAUGGAACACGGGCAUGUGCAGAGGGGAGUUACAUGUAUAAGUUGUAUAGGUGAUAUAGGGGUCUGCAAAGCCAAAGACACAAGGGUGUAUAUUAUCUGUUUCCUUUGGCAGUUUAACCUUCGAGUAUUGUGACAUUUUCACCUUUUCUGCUUUGGCUGUUUGUGUACCUGUUGGUAGCAGCUAGUGAAUAUGUGCUGUCUUUGUGUCGUGCUCAUUCCUUUGUCUUACUGGGUCAAAUGCGACGUGUUUAGCUGGAGUUUAAACCUCAGGUUUAAACCCCUAGACCUCAGUACUGCAUUACAACUGGACGGCUAUCCGAAGCUGUGGAGCAAGGAUUAGCUGCUGCAGUUGAAAAGCAUUUCUGUGGUCUAGCGGAUUACUGCAUUACAGGACUGCAUUAGAGCUCCAGCUGCAUGUACCUCACUGCAGCUGACGCAUGCCGUUCAGUUGUAUUGUUUAAAGAAGUGAAGUGUGUAGACCCGUGCUUGUUGGGGGUGCUCAACACGCUAAGGUCACGCUCGUCACCGUCUUCCUGGCAGUUGCUCUGGUCUGCUUGCGUCUGCGUUCGACCCGCUCCAGCUGCGCAGGUAGUGUGCUCCCCCAGCAUGGUGACUGCGCAUCUGGGCUUGUGGACUGCAUAGAGCACCAGCUGAAAUGCCUGUUGGCGGCGCAAGCCUCAGGGAAGAUGCUGUCCAUCACUGACGCUGCAGCAAUGAGAUGAGCUUAGGGAAAAUCUGUGUUCAAAUGGAUUGGAAGGAAAACUGUGACUUGUAAAUAAAGUAAAUUGUUUUCUAUCA